AUGGCUUGGAAUCAGAUGACAUGGGUGGGCCGCACUCGACGAACGACGUGUUUGGCCCGCGCUCAGCAGCACGCAGUGCCACAUCCCGGCGCCGACAUGCUUUCCGCAGCCACCACGCAACGACUGCCGCAGCAGCCCGCUCUGCCACCCCCGUCGCUUCUGCCGCUGCACGUCAGCCAGCGCAUCGCGGCGGCGCGAGCCGUCGAAAGUCGUCGUCAUCGUCGUCGUGACACUCGAAAUGGCGACGACGGCGACGGUCCGCCGUUGUUUGUGGACCCAUACGCGGACCUACUCGCAAACUGGCGGUUUCAUGAGGUUGCGGAUCAGAUGGAUGCCACGGCGCGGCAACGGUGGCAGCGGCACCAGCUGCGCACGGCUCUGGACGUGAUCGCUACAGCGCACCUUGACCGGCUACUGCUAAACGCCACCUCCGUCAGCGCCGUCAACCGUAUAACCCAGGGGGACUACCGGCAAGUGGUGCUGCUAGGAGAUGGAAUGGACACCAGGCCGUACCGCCUGCCGCUGGCGCCGGGUACGGCAAUAUUUCUCGUGGCGCCAGCGGCAGUGCAUGCUGCUGCGACAGCGGCGCUGGCGUCAGAGGAGGCGGCGGCCGUCGCGGACGCGGUAGCGGCGGACGGGGCCACCACCACCAGCGGUGGCGGCGGCGGCAUCGCUGGAGCAGCCAGCUGGGCCGCCGACAGUGCGGGAGGUGGCAAUGAAGCAGGCUUUGUGGGGGGAGGAGGAGGGGAGGGCGAGAAGCCGGUGAAGCUCCGAAACCGGCAACACAGACCUCGCCCGCCGCCGGGCUGUCUACUGCGCCGAGUACCCCUAGAGCUGCAGCCAGGCACCGACUUCUCCUCUCUGACGCCCUCCCUGGAGGCCGCGGGCUUCCGGACGGACCGGCUCAGUGUGUGGGUGGUGCAGGGGCUGUCCGGACUGCGGCUGAGAUACCAGGAUGUGGUGUCGCUGCUGGCGGAGGCUGCCCACGGUGCCGCAUACCAUUCGCUGUUGAUGGGAGAGUUGCCGUACAUGUCGUACAACCAGGCGGCCAACGCGCUGGCGGACUGCGGGCUGCUGGGAGCGCCGCUGGCCUUCGGCACCCCGGAGUCGGACUAUGGCCGCUGGAGAGAGGGAUGGAGCCCCGGGACUGACGGUGACGUUGAUGUCGACGGGGGCUGUACGGCGACAGCUGCCGCUGACCAGGCAACGCAAAAAGAAGCCGGGGCGGCGGGACGGGGUGCACGGGCAGGGGCAGGGGCAGGGGCAGGAUCAGAAACACCAGUUGAAGCAGCAGCAGGGGCAGAGGCAGAGGCGGGUGCACCUCAGCGGUGGCUGUUCGCGGCGCAGCAGAUCCGGCUCAGUGCGGCUCAGAUGGACGUGUAUGCGGCGCACCGGACAGCGGCGGAGGAGACGGACGAGGACUUCUUCGACAACUUUAGCUAG